UAAGGCUAGGAUAACCUAAGCCUUGAAAUCAAAAUGCUUCUGGUAGAUAAAUGGGGUACAGAUGGGAAAUCAACCUAGUGUGUGACUAGGCAUGAUUUAGAGCAACUGUUAUUGAUAUGGCAGAUCCUAGCAGGCAAUCUCAAGAGAGCUUUGAUUUUAGUUGCAGUGCAAGUAGGUGGAAUGAAUAAUUGCGUUUUUGACUUUUGCGUUUCCUGCAUCUCACCAGUGGUUAUUAUAGCCAUAAUUUGGGCCAUGUGUAUUCCAGGGAGGUUUUUGAUUUAGGAAUAUAUAUUUUUUGGGGUGGGAGGGCAAGCCAUAUUUAAUGUAUCAUCUACACAUAAGAUUUUAUGUAGAUAAUUUUAUGGUGAUGAAAAAUGUUUAUAUUAUAUGAAAUAUAAAUUUUUAACAUUGGAGGAAUGACAAUGGUCUAUUUCAAGUACUUACAUUAUCUUGGGCAAACACUGAAGUCCUUGAUUAAUGUUUAACUAGAAAAAGCUUGCUUGGUUCAAGUAAAGGAUCAGUUUCAGGGUUCAGGCUGUUGUGUCUUGAUGAUUAGAAUUUAGGCUCCAAGGAGAAGCCCCCAAAGCCAAGGGCAGUGGACAUAACAGAAAGUGGGAGCCGAACCUGACGUCUAAAGAAUGUGGGCUGGAUACAAGAUCUUAAUCCUCUCCUAUUUUACCACAGAAAUUUGGAUGGAAAAGCAGUAUUUAUCUCAAAGACAAGUGAACCCAGGAGCUUAUUUGCCUAGAAAUCACACCAUUUUGGAAGGCACUCGAUUCAAAAGAGCCAUUUUCAAAGAGCAAUACUGCAGACAUUUUGGUUGUUGUAAAGACAGAGAUGAUGGCUGUGCCAUUCAGUUCUAUGAGGUGGAUGCACUGUGUUACUGUGACAAAUUCUGUGAAAGGGAAAAUUCUGAUUGCUGUCCUGAUUACAAGUCCUUUUGCCGGGAAGAAGAAGAAUGGUCUGAUCAUGCACAGCCUUGGUAUCCAGAAGGUUGCCUCAGAGAUGGUCAAUGUUAUGAAGAAGGAUCAGUAAUUAAAGAAAACUGCAAUUCCUGCACCUGCUCAGGACAGCAAUGGAAAUGUUCCCAGCAUGUAUGCCUUGUUCGUCCAGAAUUAAUUGAAUAUGUCAAUAAAGGAGACUAUGGAUGGACAGCAAAGAACUACAGCCAAUUCUGGGGAAUGACUUUAGAAGAAGGUUUAAAAUUUCGCCUUGGCACCUUGCCGCCCAGCCCCAUGCUUCUGAGCAUGAACGAAGUGACGCCUUCUUUGCCUGCAACAACUGAUCUCCCAGAGUUCUUUGUGGCUUCUUAUAAGUGGCCUGGAUGGACCCAUGGUCCACUGGAUCAAAAAAACUGUGCUGCAUCCUGGGCGUUUUCCACUGCAAGUGUGGCAGCUGACCGAAUAGCAAUUCAGUCCAACGGUCGAUACACAGCCAAUCUAUCCCCUCAGAAUUUGAUAUCCUGCUGUACCAAGAACCGUCAUGGAUGCAACAGUGGAAGCGUUGAUAGGGCUUGGUGGUACCUGAGAAAACGUGGACUGGUAUCCCAUGCAUGCUAUCCACUUUUCAAGGACCAAAAUGCCAACAAUAAUGGCUGCGCCAUGGCAAGUAGAUCUGAUGGGCGGGGAAAACGGCAUGCCACAAAGCCAUGUCCCAACAACAUUGAGAAAUCUAAUGUGAUCUACCAAUGUUCUCCUCCAUACAGAGUCUCUUCUAAUGAAACUGAGAUAAUGAAAGAAAUCAUGCAAAAUGGACCAGUUCAAGCUAUAAUGCAAGUCCACGAGGAUUUCUUCCAUUAUAAGACAGGAAUAUAUAGACAUGUUAUCCGCACAAGUGAAGAAUCAGAAAAAUAUCAAAAGCUUCGGACACAUGCAGUCAAACUCACUGGAUGGGGCAUGAUGAAAGGAGCAAAGGGACGGAAAGAAAAAUUUUGGGUUGCUGCCAAUUCCUGGGGAAAGUCAUGGGGAGAGGAUGGCUAUUUCAGGAUUCUUCGAGGAGUAAAUGAGUCUGACAUUGAAAAGUUGAUUAUCGCAGCUUGGGGCCAAAUGACAAGUUCAGAUGUACCAUAACAUAUCAUUAAAUUUCCACAAGGCCAUGCAUUUAAGUAACCUUUUAAAUUGAAGUUUAGCAAUAUGAAAUUCUCAGUGCCAGUAGAAUCUUUGUUUUUUUAUCCUGUCAUUAUAAUGUUCCCUUUUUCUUA